AACAACUAGUUUAAAAUAUUUUUCACUCAUUUCUUGAGCUGAUGAGCCCUUCAAGCUUCCUAUAAAAGCAGCCAAGAACCAGUCCCAGACUACCUCAAAAGUUUCUCUGGUUUCUUUUGGAAAAGGAGAAAUCAAACAAGGACUCUGAUGGCUGCAAGAAUUAAAAUCCCAGCUCUGGCCGCUGUUAUGCUUCUUCUCUUGCUUGCUCCAGCUUCAUAUGCUGCCAUUUCAUGCAGUGAUGUGAUCAAGGACCUGAGACCUUGUGUGAACUACCUUGUGAAUGGGACUGGGAAACCACCAGCUGCUUGUUGUGCUGGAGCCUCUGCUCUUGCAUCAGCGGCAUCAUCCUCUGCCGACAAGAAGGCUGCUUGUGAAUGCAUCAAGUCUGCGGCUAAGAACAUGAAGCCAAACUCCCAGUUGGCUCAGGCUCUUCCUGCUAAUUGUGGAAUCAACUUGCCUGUCACCGUUUCACCAACCGUGGAUUGUUCCAAGGUUGGUUGAAACUUAAAGUGGCCUGAAGGAAGAGCUGUAAAAUCCUCCUUUUAUGGAAGCUUAAUUGUUUUGUAAUAAACUGGAAUCCAGUUAUGACUUUCGGAUUCCUUCGCUGAAUAAAGCUUAAUGCCUCCAUCAGCCUGUUCUCUUUUUUCUUUUUUUUUUUUCUUUUGGCUUAUAUAUAUUUGUGAAG